AUGGAUUCAUUUCAAUUUCAAUCGUUUAAUGAAGCAUUAGAUUUAAUUGAAUCAGAUUUUAACGAUGAUGAACUCGAUCCAUGUUAUGGUGAUGAACUCAUUGCGUACCAAGCAAUUAAAGAGGCGGGAAAAAUAAAAAGACAAAAUUUAAUGGAUUUUAUAUUAAAUUAA